AUGGCAUAUUUUUGGCUUCAGCUGAUUAUGUCCAUUGUAGCAGCGCUGCACCACCAAAUUGGCACCGCAGAUGCUGCUGCCGGAAUUGGUGUUUGCUAUGGCAUGUUAGGAAAUAACCUGCCUGCUGCAGCUGAUGUUGUUGGCCUCUACAAAAAAUACAACAUCGGCAAAAUGAGACUCUUUGAUCCUAAUCCUCAAGCUCUUGAUGCACUACGAGGAAGUAACAUCCUUGUUACUUUAGGCAUGCGAAACGAGGACUUGCCCAACUUAGCAUCCAGCCAAGAAGCUGUAGACUCGUGGUUUGCAACUAAUGUCCAACCUUACCUCAACGACGUCGUAUUCUCCUACAUUUCAGUCGGUAAUGAAGUCGUCGGUGGUGUCUAUGGUCAGCACGUUGCAGCUGUAAUGCAGUUUCUUCAAAACACACUUAAUGCUAAUAAACUAUCUGCUACAAAGGUGACAACAGUGUUGUCCGCCGACACUUUGGGAUCCUCGUACCCGCCCUUCAGCGGUGCGUUCAAGCCUGAGUUGAGUAAUAUUAUGGGUGGGAUUCUUGGGUUCUUGUCAAAAAAUGGAUCACCGCUUCUUGUCAAUGUGUAUCCUUACUUCGCCUAUGCUGGAGAUCCAGUAAAUGUACGGUUAGACUAUGCACAGUUUACUGCCACCGGCCCUGUGGUUCACGACGGGGAAUUGAGCUACUGGAACCUCUUUGAUGCUAUGGUGGAUUCUUUCAUUUGGGCUGUAGAGAAAAUGGGCGUCACCAAUGUAAAUGUGGUGGUCUCUGAGAGUGGCUGGCCUUCUGCUGGGAAUGGAAACCUCACAACGCCGGAGCUGGCCUCUACGUAUAAUCGGAAUCUCAUGCAACAUGUCAUGAAUAAUGGGACACCCAAAAGGCCUGGAGCACUAAUAGAAGGGUUUGUAUUUGCUUUGUUCAAUGAGAAUCAGAAAGCUCCCGGAGUAGAACAGAAUUUUGGACUUUUUUAUCCUAAUAUGACACCUGUUUAUCCUAUGUUUCCUAAUUCUGUUGAGGACAAGCAUCCGAAACUACCUAGGCGGUUGGUACCAGAUUAA